CCUGAGAAUGAGAAGGUUCAAGAGAUUAUGAAUGCUUUGAGAUUGAAAAUUAAAGUUAUUUCAGCUACAUUGUCAAUGAAAUUGGAGCACGGAAAGAGCCUUGAUUUUUGACGAGGAGAUUAUCGCUUUCUCAUAUAUGUUCGUGGAGUUCGAAACAAGAGAAAUGUUCAAGUUGAUGAGCCGGAGGACCUUGCCUCGAUGCUUUCGAAAUAGGGAUUCGAAGAAUGGCAUGAAAAAGACCAACAACAAGCGAAGGAGGCAAAAGGCUGAAAGUCGUAAUAGGACAGCACUAGAGUCAACUGCGAAAGCUACCAAGCUAUACCAAGGGGUGGCUGUUGUUAACAAGUUUGAAGAUGAAGCUUAUAAUCGGGUUGGGUACACCAUUGUUUCUAAGUUUACUCCAAAUGCGGUCGAUGGAUCUGGUGCCUUUAGAAAAGCUGUGGUGGCAGUGGUUAAAGCUGCUUUUGAUUCUAUAGACCUUGAGUUACAUUGUGGGACUCAUCCUCGGCUCAGAGUUGUGGACCAUAUUUCCUUCCACCCUCUAGCUCAAACUUCUCUGAACGGAACAGCUAGGCUUGCAAAGUUGGUGGCAACUGACAUCGGCUCCAGUCAUCAAGUUCAAGCAACGCCAACUGAAGGGGUUGUGGUAGUCGGAGCAACUCAGUGGGUUGAUAACUAUAACGUGCCCAUCUUUAGUAAUAAAAUAAUUGCUGUUCGUAGGAUUUCAAGAAGGGUAAGUGGGCGAGGAGGAGGGAUUUCGUCUGUUCAAGCAAUGGCACUUGCACAUGGUGAGGACUGAGGACAUCAUUGAGGUGGCGUGCAAUCUGUUGGAGCCAAGUAAAUUCAUUGCUGAUCAGGUUUAACAUGAAGUCGAACGACUCGCAGUUGAAGAGGGAUAAAUGUAGGGAAGGGUAUUAGACAGAUUUUUCUCAGGAGAAGGUCGUUGAAAGUUGCUUGAAACUAAAUUCGAUCAUGUGAUAAAAUUUUGAAAACAGCAAGUUUUUCCAUCUGAAUUGAUUGUUCAAAUGCCAUUACUAUCAAAGUAGCUUCUGUUUUGUUUU